CAACAAAGAAGAAGAAGUACGCGCCGCGGAGUUGAACAAAAGAAAGUCCGCGUGAGUUAACUUAAGUUACAGAGUUUGGUUUCUUCAUUUAAUAACAAUGUCUUCAGUUGACUGUUUGAGAGAGUUUGUCAACGAGCGACUCGCUGCUGCUGUUGAAGAAAUAUUCGGAGUCUUUAGAAAAACUAUCGUCGAGUACGAGGAAGAGAUAAAGCGGCAGCGCAUAAUGCUGGAUAUCGUCUGGAAACCUCAAAUUAAGCUACAGAGGAUAGAGCUCCCACAGCAACAUGCCUGUAAGGAGGAGGAGGAGGAGGAGGAGACUGUUGACCAGCAGCUCUGUAACCAGGAGGGGAACUCCAGUCUGGACAAAGAGAGACCACAACGUCCACAGAUUACAGAGAAGCAGGAGGGAGGGCAGCUUGUACUGAAGCAGGAGAGUGACACCUUCAUGCUUUAUGAGGAAAACAACCACAGUAAACCAGAACCAACAUGGGAACACCAGUUCUUCUCUAACAACCCGCAUGCAGCUGAGAGUCAAGAUCAGAAAGGAGGCAAGCAUCGAGAUUCAGGAUCGACUAGAAAUUCAGAGCCAGAGCCAAAGAAAAUACAUCACGCAAGAAGAAGUCACAGCAACGAUGUAAAGAGCUGUACCGUAUCCGUAUCAAACAUUCUCUGUGUUCGCACGGGAAGUGGCACAAAGUAUUUCAAAUGUGACAUGUGUGGGAAAGAUUUUAAAUAUAAGUCUCAAUUUUAUUUACACCAGAAAGUCCACACAGGUGAGAAGCCAUAUUGUUGCAACACAUGUGGGAAAAGAUUCAGUCGUAAAGGGUAUUUGAAAUGUCACAUGACAAUCCACACUGGCGAGAAGCCGUAUACUUGCCAAAUAUGUUGUAGAGCUUUCAGGUGUAAGACUGUUUUGAAUACACAUAUGAGAACACACACAGGUGAGAAGCCGUACAGUUGCAAGACCUGCGGGAAAAGAUUCUCCAGCCAAACAGCAUUGAAAAGACAUAUGACAAUCCACACGGGGGAGAGGCCGUAUACUUGCCAAACAUGUUGUAGAGCUUUCAGGUGUAAGGCUAUUUUGAAUACACAUAUGAGAACACACACAGGUGAGAAGCCGUACAUUUGCAAGACCUGCGGGAAAAGAGUCUCCAACCAAACAGCAUUGAAAAGACAUAUGGCACUCCACACGGGGGAGAGGCCGUACCUUUGCAAGAUCUGUGGGAAAGGCUUCCUUGAAAUUCUACGACUGAAAAGACAUUUGGGAAAACACACAACCAUUGACUAGAAAAACGUAAUGACUAUACAGUCAACAUGAGGAGAAAGGCGGGAAAAGAUACUUUGAUGUAUCUCAUUUUGCAAGGCAUAAGAGAGCGCGUGUGGGCAAGUAGCCUCGUACUUGCGAAAUAUGUGGGAGACAGUUCAGUUGUAGUUGUUGUGGUUCAUGGUCAAAACACAGAAGAACUCACUGAGGCGAGGAGCCACUUCAUUGCAGCAGUUGUGGGAAAUGUUUUUCUCAGUUUCUCACGGAUCAGUGUACACAGGUGUACACAGGAGAAACCAUGCAGACAUGUUCACCGCCUGAAUAAAGUACACUUUGCACUCUAUGUAAUUGAAUGUAAAAUGUUUUCCAUAAAGAUGCAAUGUCAGUAUCUUCAUAUAAAGAUAAAUAAUAAAGAUGAUUCAUUGCAAAAUGA